UCUUUGGCCUUGACCGGUGUAUCUGUGGCAGAAUCUGGGAGAGGUACAAAGUCAACAAGUCAAUAAAGCCAUCUUGGAUGACGGCUGAAGUUUCAGAGGCUGAAUGUUCCUGAUCGGUGUUCGCUGACGGCAGCAGAUGAAGAGUCCCUCCAGCCUGCUGGAGUCCUCUCAGACGCUCAAAGUGUUUCAGUGAGAGAAGAAAGAGAGGACAGGUGAACAUGCAGCUCUUCCUGGCUCUCUGCUUUCUGCUGGGAAUCCCCAGCGGGGCUCCAGAAAUUCACUCUCUGAAGCAUUUCUACACUGCUUCAACUCAAGUUCCAAACUUUCCAGAGUUUGUACAAGUUGGAUUGGUGGAUGAACUUCAAAUCACUCACUUCGACAGCAACACCAGGAGAAAAGUUCCCAAACAUGACUGGGUGAAUAAAAUCACGGAACAAGAUCCAGAGUACUGGGACAGAUCCACUGAAAGGAAUUUGGAACGUCAGCAAACCUUCAAAGUAAACAUCAACAUCAUGAAGAAGCGUUUGAACCAAACUGGAGGUGUCCAUAUUCUCCAGACCAUGUAUGGUUGUGAAUGGGACGAUGAAACUGAUGAAGUGAACGGAAAUUGGCAGUACGGUUAUGAUGGAGAAGAUUUCAUCUCUUUGGACCUGAAGACAGAAACAUGGAUCGCUCCAGUUCAACAGGCUGUUCCCACAAAACACAAGUGGGACAAUGACAAAGCAGAUUUGGUUUAUCUUAGAAACUACCUCACCACAGACUGUGUUGACUGGCUAAAGAAGUAUGUGGAGUUUGGUCGGAGCUCACUGAUGAGAAAAGAUCUUCCCUCAGUGUCUCUCCUCCAGAAGACUCCCUCCUCUCCGCUCACCUGCCACGCUACAGGUUUCUACCCCGACAGAGCCGACUUGUUCUGGAAGAAAGACGAGGAGGAGCUCCAUGAGGACGUGGUCAAAGGAGAGAUCCUCCCCAACCAUGACGGGAGCUUCCAGAUGAGCGUUGAUCUGGAUCUUUCAGCGCUCAAAGAUGAAGACUGGGGGAGGUACAGCUGUGUGUUUCAUCUGGCUGGAGGACAGGAAGUCUCCAAGAGACUGGACAAACGGGACAUCAGGACCAACUGGAAGACAAAUGAUGGAGGUCAGAGACUCUUCAUUUCACUCUCAUUCUCUCCUGUGUCUUUUGUUCCGUUCUGAUGUUUCUCUUUGUUGACAGCAGCUUCACUCCUAUCAGUGUGUUUUUAUCUGCUCAUCAGUUCAAGAAGCUCAAGAACUUCCUGCUUUUUCUGAGUUUCUCUUGAAAAGUUUUUCUCACCACCGUCCAGUUUUUCUGCUUGUUUUGGUUUUGAUUCUCUGAAUUCCUGUUUUCUGCUCACAUCAUUCCGUGACUCUGUGUCUGAGGAGCUCAUCUGAAGAAGGAAGAAUCUGCUCUGAUAGCACAAU